AUGACUGCCGAUGCCGAACGUAGGACUGCAAUUGUAAAAAAUAUAAAUUUUGAUGAAAAUGGCAAGGAACGUGUCUUGCAAAAAGUAGACGAAGAUGUUGAAUCCCGAAGUCCAUCCGAAACCGGAGAAAGCAUGUUUCGGCAGUUUAUCCAGAAAUCAUCCUUCUAUGGAUUGCGGUACGUGUUAGACAAUGACUCGAAGCUUGUGGAGAAUCUACUUUGGUUGAUGGUGAUCUUAACUGCCAUUGGAUUUUGUGCGGUUGGUAUAAUUUUAUCGUGGUGGAGACUAGUUGACCAGGUGGUCGAGAUCGUUCAGGAUGAGGACCCGUCGCCGAUUUGGAGUGUUCCCUUUCCAGCGGUUUCCAUUUGUGGGCAGUGGAAUGCUGCUGUUAUGGAUGAGAGGAAAACGAGUUGCCUUGAACGAACAGUUCCGCUGGAACGGUUCUGCGAACAGGUUUGUUGGCAUAACCAAUGUGACAUCUGUCGAUCGUUAUUCACGGAAACGCGAACGGAGAAUGGAGUCUGCUACACGUUUAACAAUAUAGCUGCUGGAGAGUUGUUCAACCAGGAUUUACUCGCGCCGGAGUUGAUUUUGUCGAAUGCUACGAAGUCAACUGAAAAUUGGAAUCUUCAUGAUGGCUAUGCCGAUUAUGGUGUGUUUCUCAAGUACUACCCAAGACCUGCUGUGGAUCUGUCGGAAAAAUACCGUUUACGAAUGAAACUGAAGUUCAAUGAGAGUUUCGUAGAUUCAGGAUGUGGUGACUCCGGUGCGAUAAGGGUAUUCCUACACAAUCCGGUAGAUUUUCCGUAUAAGGGAAGGAAUGCCGUACUAAUAAAAUCUGGAGAAUUCGUGGAUAUAUCUGCACACCCUGUAGUGAAACAAGUGCCUCAGCUCUUGAAAUAUUAUCCUUCAAGCAGUGCCAAGUGUUAUUUCUCAGAACAACGACAAUUGCGUUAUUUCCGAAUCUACAGCCAGCACAACUGCGAAUUGGAAUGCCGCAUCAACUAUUUUCUGGAAAAGAAAAAGUGUGCCCUGUCCUACAUGCCCAGAGAAGCGGGAAAUAAGCUGUGUAAGAACUCUUUUCACUGGGAUGAUCACUUCGAUAAGGAAGCGCUUUUAACAAUUCGCUACGGUUGGCUGGAUUUUAUAGCGAAUGCUGGUGGAAUUAUUGCAUUGUUGCUGGGAAUCUCCGUUAUCACCGUAAUAGAGAUGAUCUACUACUGCACACUGAAACCGUUGCUUGCUUAA